AGGAUAUUGCUUUUCCAGUUCGAUUUGCUUGGGGUGCAGCUACAGCAACAUAUCAGAUUGAAGAAGGCUGGAAUGCAGAUGGAAAGGGCCCUAAUGUCUGGGACACAUUCACCCAUCAGGGAGGAGAUCGAGUUUUCAGGAACCAGACUGGUGAUGUAGCUUGUGGCAGCUACACUCUGUGGGAGGAAGAUUUGAAAUGUAUCAAACAGCUUGGAUUGACUCAUUAUCGCUUUUCUCUUUCCUGGUCACGUCUGUUACCUGAUGGGACGACAGGUUUCAUCAACCAGAAAGGCAAUUAGAUACAGCAUGUAAACAAGCUGGUCAGAUUGCUAGAAAAUUAUGUUUCUCCCAUGAUGUCCUGCUUCCUGUAUCAGUUUGGCUUACCUCAGUCCUUAGACGAUGAAGGUGGCUGGAGAUCUGAAAUCAUUGAGACCUUUGACAUUCAUGCAAAGUAUUACUUCAGAACAUUUGGAGACUGAGUGAUCACUAUUAAUGAGCCUUAUGUUAUUGCUACAGGUGGCUGUGAAAAAGCUCUGAACUCUCCGAUUGGUAGAAUCUCUCUGAGUUCUGUAGCAGAUCAAAAUGCGACUAAAGGGUACCUGUCCCUUACCUUAGACGGGUUCGUCAGGACAAUAUUUACUGAUGGUGAAUAUCCAGCCGUGAAGCAGGGUUGCUUAUCAUCAAGGCUUCUGGAAUUCACUAAAAGGGAAAAAAAUACAAUCUCGGGUACUGCUGACUUUGAACUGUCUGAGCAAGAAAUGGAUCCUGCUUGGCCUAUUGCAGCUGGGAAUUUAUGGCUCUCUGUUGUACCAUGGAGUUUACACUGACUUCUGUGUUAUAUCAGAGAUACAUAUAAUAACCCUAUAAUUUACAUCACUGAGAAUGGGUUUUCCCAAAGUGACCCUGCUCUACUUGAUGACAGUCAACGAUGGGAGUAUUUCAGGCUGAUUUUACAGAAAAUACUAAAAG